AUGUAUCAGCGUGGUGGCUGGACGGGUCCCGUGUGCGCGAUGGCCUCGGCUGCCGGCGCGAUUCUGCUGUCGCUUCCCUUCCUCAAGGCCAAGUUCCUCCUCCGCACCCAGUCGAGGCGUCCGGACGGCUCGUUCAAGUACACCGGCCUCUUCCAAUCGAUCGGCGUCAUCUGGCGAGAGCAACGGUGGGGCCUCAUCACCAACAACCUGAGCGCGUUCAUCUCGUUCGGUAUCCUCUACGAUGUGGUGGGAUUCCUCACGGACCGCUACAAGCUGUCGACACUGAUCAUGAAGAUCAAGACGCGCGAGGGUGUGCUCCACAACCUCAAGCACGCGCUGGCGCUCGCCAUCGAUGACAUCAUCGAGGCCGCCAUCAUCGUCGCCUUCACCAUGCCGGUCAACGUUGUUCUACGCCGCCUCGAGGCCCAGGCUGGCGGCGUGGCGCCCUUCAGCGCCGACGGGGUCGUCUACGCCGGCGUCCUCGACUGUGUGCAGCAGAUUUUUGUUCGAGAAGGCCUCAAUGGCUUCUACAAGGGAGCGAUGCCAGAGCUGUUGGAGAGGUUGCUGCCCCGCGUGUUCGUGGACGCCGCGGUGGACUUGGGUCUCAAUUCCUUCUUCGGUGUGCCGGCCACCUACGACAACACCGAGGAGCACAGCCACGCCGACUGA